GACCAAUAAGGAGCCGCUUUGCUUGCGGCGGCGGCUUCUCCUCCCGGCUCAGCUCGGCGCCCUGACAGGCGGGAGUCCAGCCGGUACAGCCUGCGCUGACCUGACGCGUCCGGCCCGCCGCACCUGCUGGGUUUCCGCCUGGGCUCGAGCUCGCGUUGGCGGCACCGGUGGGCGGCAAUACGGGCCCUUCUUCCGUCCCUCAGAUUCAUGAGUGAACUGAACCAACAGAGGUGGCGAAUGGCAACACUGAGUCUUCAAAGAUGAUCAGGAUUGCAGCAUUGAAUGCUAGUUCCACUGUUGAAGAUGACCAUGAAGGGACCUUUAAAAGCCACAAAACACAGACAAAGGAGGCACAAGAAGCAGAAGCAUUUGCCUUGUACCAUAAAGCUUUGGACCUUCAGAAACAUGACCUCUUCGAAGAAUCUGCCAAAGCUUACCAUGAACUGCUUGAAACUCGCCUCCUGCGAGAGGCAAUUCCAUCUGGUGAUGAGAGGGAGGGCUUAAAGCACCCGGGCUUGAUGCUAAAGUAUUCUACUUACAAAAACUUAGCUCAGCUCGCAGCGCAGCGCGAUGACUUUGAGACAGCCAUGGAGUUCUACUUGGAGGCUGUAAUGCUAGACUCGACAGACGUCAACCUGUGGUAUAAGAUUGGGCAUGUGGCACUCAGACUGAUGCGCCUGCCUCUGGCACGCCAUGCCUUUGAAGAAGGACUCACCUGUAAUCCAGACCACUGGCCUUGUUUAGAUAACCUUAUUACAGUUCUCUACACACUCAGUGACUACACAACCUGCUUGUAUUUCAUCUGCAAAGCUCUGGAGAGGGAUUGCCUGUACAGCAAAGGGCUGGUCAUCAAGGAGAAGAUCUUUGAGGAGCAGCCAUGCCUCAGGAAGGACUCCUUGAGGAUGUUCCUCAAAGGUGACUUGUCAGUCCACAAUGUCAACGUGAGUCCGUCUGAGACUAGAACGAUCAUCGAGGAAGCUCUGGAGUUGCGCAGGAAGAGGCAGGCACUCUUGGUGCGAAAAAGGGAGCCAGACCUGAAGCUUGUCCAGCCCAUCCCCCUUUUCACGUGGAAGUGUCUCGGGGAGAGCUUACUGGCCAUGUAUCAACACCUGACCACUUGCGAGCCACCUCGGCCCAGCCUGGGCAAGAGAAUUGACCUCUUGGAGUACCAAGAUCUAGACCAGCACUCUGACGUCCCGGCAACCUCCGCUCCCGUCAGUGUCAUACAGCCCAACCCCGUCAGCACCAAUCCCCAGAUGCCUGUGACGGAGCCACUCCUAACAUACACACCAGUGACGCCCACCUUUCCCAGUCCAAGUGUUCUGGAAUCAGUCAGUCCUGCAGGGGAUGCCUCCGUGGGGGACAGAUCAAAGAAAGGGGUGAAGCGGAAGCGAAUCCCCGAAGACAGCGGCGAGACAGCCAAGAGGCGGUCGGCUCGGGUGCGGAACACCAAGUGCAAAAAGGAAGAGAAGGUGGACUUCCAGGAGCUGCUGGUGAAAUUCCUUCCUUCACGCCUGAGGAAACCUGACCCAGAAGAAGACGAGGGUCCUUUCAGCAGCUACGAGGUCCAGUCUGAGGCCAAGGAGGAAAAUUUCCAGCAUGUGGGCACCCACAGGAUGCCGUGUGACUCAACAACAUGCAUGGAAUAUGAGAAGCAGGAUGUUCAUAACUUCCUCUUGGCUAACUUGAACAACGGGGGCAUCCUUGAGUUGAUGAUGAGGUACCUGAAAGUGAUCAGCCUAAAGUUCCUUGUGAAAUGGCCUCCGGGCUUGGCUGAGGUUGUGCUGAACAUCUACAACAGCUGGAGGAAGCACAGCAGCAGCCUCCCCAAUCCGCUGCUAAGGGACUGUCGCAACGAGCACAUCAGGGAUAUGAUGCUGAUGAGUCUGUCCUGCAUGGAGCUGCAGCUUGACCAGUGGCUGCUGACCAAAGGGAAGAGCUCAAUGGUGUCUCCAAGGAACGGCCCUGCGGGCAGCUCUGUAAACGGGAAGUUUGGCCCUGAUUUCCCUGGCAGCCACUUCCUGGGGGAUCUGCUCCAGCUCUCCUUUGCCUCUUCCCAGCGAGACCUCUUUGAGGAGGGCUGGCUGGAGUUCGUGGUUCGGGUGUAUUGGCUGAAGGCUCGCUUCCUGGCCCUGCAGGGGGACAUGGAGCAGGCCUUGGAGAACUAUGACGUCUGCACAGAGAUGCUCCAGAGCUCUGCUGCAGUGCAGGCCAAAGCUGGUGACGAGAACGUGGUGAUCCGGUUGCCAAAUCUCCAUGUGGACUCUGUGGUCUCGUUGGAAGAGAUUGAGAAGAACCUCAAGUCCCUGGAGAGAUGCCAGUCCCUGGAGGAGAUCCAGCGCUUGUACGAGGCUGGCGACUACAAAGCGGUGGUGCGUCUGCUGCGGCCCACCUUGUGUUUCAGUGGAUACGGCCGGACGAAGCACCUGGAAUUUGUCAUCUCCAUUCCAGAGAGGCCAGCUCAGCUGCUCCUGCUGCAGGAUUCCCUGCUCAAGCUGCAGGACUACCGGCAGUGCUUUGAGUGCUCUGAGGUUGCCCUGAACGAAGCCUUUCAGCAGAUGAUCAACAUGACAGAGGCAUCUGCCAAGGAGGAGUGGGUGGCCACUGUCACACAGCUGCUCGCGGGGAUCGACUGCUCCCUUUCCUCGGACAGCAGCAGCCUGGAGGAGCCGCCAGCCUUGCAGAGCCUGGUCCGACUGACCAGCAACCUCGUCCAGAUCAUCGACUGCAGCAUGGCUGUCCAGGAGGAGCCCAAAGAGCCUUCUGUGUCUUCAGUGCUUCCCUGGAUUAUUCUUCACAGGAUCAUUCAGCAUGAAGAAGACACCUUCCGCUCCCUCUGCUGCCAACAGGAGGAGCAGCAGCAGCUGCAGAGCCAAAAUGAGGAAGCAGCUCAGAAUCUGGACACUCCUAUGCUGCCCUCUUCCCUGAUGCUUCUGAACACGGCUCACGAAUACCUUGGGAGGAGAUCGUGGUGUUGUAACUCAGACGGAGCCCUCCUUAAGUUCUAUGUACGGGUGCUGCAAAAAGAGCUUUUGGCCUCUACCUCCGAGGACACCCAUCCCUAUAAGGAGGAGCUGGAGACGGCUCUGGAGCAAUGCUUUUAUUGCCUGUAUAGCUUCCCGAGCAAAAAGAGCAAGGCUCGCUACCUGGAAGAACAUUCCACACAGCAGGUGGAUCUGAUGUGGGAAGACGCCUUGUUCAUGUUUGAAUAUUUCAAGCCCAAGACCCUUCCUGAAUUUGACAGCUACAAAACCAGUACAGUGUCUGCUGACCUGGCCAACCUUCUGAAGAAGAUGGCCACCAUUGUCCCUCGGACAGACAAGCCUAUGCUGAGGAUAGAGGAGGUGUCUAGCUACAUUGAAGGGACUCUGAGCAAGGUGCCAGCUCUCCCUGAGGGUGCCGACUACUCUCCUCCGGUGGUGACAGAGCUGUACUACCUCCUCGCAGAUUACCACUUCAAGAACAAGGAGCAGUCUAAGGCCAUCAAGUUCUACAUGCAUGACAUCUGCAUCUGCCCUAACAGGUUUGACUCUUGGGCUGGCAUGGCGCUGGCUCGAGCCAGCCGCAUCCAAGACAAGCUGAACUCCAACGAGCUGAAGAGCGACGGCCUCAUCUGGAAGCACGCCACCCCUGUUCUGAGCUCCUUCAAGCGAGCCCUGGAGAUUGACGGCUCCAACCUCUCCCUGUGGAUAGAGUACGGCACCAUGUCCUAUGCCUUACACUCCUUCGCCUCCAGGCAGCUGAAGCAGUGGAAGUCGGAGCUGCCAGCUGAGGUCAUGCAGCAGAUGGCAGAGCGGCGCGAUGGCAUGCUGGAGACGGCCAAGCACUGCUUCAUUUCAGCGUCUCACUGUGAGGGCGACGGAGACGAGGAGGAGUGGCUGAUCCACUACAUGCUGGGGAAGAUUGCCGAGAAGCAGAAGCAGCCGCCUGUGGUCUACCUCCGUCACUACAAGCAGGCGGGUCAUUUCCUGCACGAGGAAGCGGCCAGGUACCCCAAGAAGAUCCACUAUCAUAACCCGCCGGAGCUUGCAAUGGAGGCCUUGGAGGUCUAUUUUCGGCUUCACGCCUCCAUUCUGAAGCUUGUGGGGAAGCCCAACUCUGGGGUGGAUGCCGAGAUGCUGGUCACGUUUAUGAAGGAAGCUGCCGAAGGGCCUUUCGCCAGGGGGGAUGAAAAGAACACCCCCAAAAUAACUGAAAAAGAAAAGCUCUGCCUGGUGGAUGACGACUCCCACUCCUCUGCCGGGACUGUGCCGGGCCCAGGGACUUCCCUCCCCUCCUCAUCCGGUCCAGGUCUGACUUCCCCACCCUACACAGCUACUCCAGUUGACCACGAUUACGUCAAAUGUAAAAAAAACCGUCAGCAGGCAACACCGGAUGGUACAGUCCCUGUUCUCAAUACUGCCGGCACAGAGAGGUGCUGUAAUCAUGACCGGAGUCAGGAUAGCACGGCAGUGGUGCUCUCUGAUUCCAACUCCACCCAAGACAUUUUCACUGAGGUUGCCAGCUCUCAAGACAGUGCGAAGAAGCCUUUUCCAGAGAGGAGGCCUUUUGUGUCCCCUUCGGAAGCUGUCACCACUGCUACUAGCAAAGAGGCCCCAGGACCUGCAGAGGAAAGGGGGAAGCCGGAGGAGCAGCCCUUGGAGAGCUCAGAGUCCUGCCACAUGGCUGAGCAGAAGCUGGACCAUCAGGCCCCACCGCCUGGGGUCCCCCCCAAAGCCCCUGCCCCCUCGCUUUCCCAGUGGGACACCAAGCGGCGGGCUGUGCCCAGUGGGGAGCAGUUUCCCCAGAGCCUCCCUGUGGACCUGGAGGAGCAGCGCAAGUUCCUGACGGAGCACUGCAUCACCUCCUUCCGCCUCUGCCUCAGCCGCUUCCCUCAGCACUACAAGAGUCUCUACAGGCUGGCCUACCUCUAUGCCUACAGCACAACCCAUAAGAAUCUUCAGUGGGCUCGCGAUGUGUUGCUAGGCAGCAGUCUCCCAUGGCAGCAGCUGAAGCACAUGCCAGCACAGGGUCUCUUCUGCGAGAGGAACAAGACCAAUUUCUUCAAUGGAAUCUGGCGCAUCCCCGUGGAUGAAAUUGAUCGCCCUGGUAGCUUUGCCUCUCACAUGAACCGCUCCAUCGUCCUUCUGCUCAACGUCUUGUCGCAGCUCAAGGAUUACAACACCCUGCUGAAAGUCUCAUCUAUGCUGCAGAGGACCCCCGACCAGGGAAAGAAGUACUUGCGGGAUGCAGACCGCCAGGUCCUUGCCCAGCGUGCCUUCGUCCUCACGGUGACUGUGCUGGAGGACAUGCUGAAUGAGCUCACCGAGGUCUCCGAAGAUCCAGACUCCAAGUGCUGCAGCUUUUUUGCGUCCAGGAUGACGACCGACGUCUCUAACAAAGCAAAUGCGGAAGAAGGACAGGAAGCCCUCCCGCAAAAGGCAGCCUUGUCUGAAGGCGGGGUGGCAGCUUAUGGGGCAGAGAAUGGGGUGAAAGAAGCAGCCCAGGGGGUGCAGCAGCCCCCCACCGCCAUGGACACAGCAGAGCUGCGAGAGGCAACCCCUGAGGGAGAAGCAAAAGAGGCUCCCCAGCCGGGCUCAACGGAGCUCAUGGACUCGGAAGGAUAUUCUGAGGAUCCUGAAAAAAUGGGCUCUUCCUAUAGAGGCCCUGAGUCGACCCGAGGGCUGCCCGGGCGGAUCCCUAAGGAUAAAAGCUUAGAGAGCAGCCGGCCAGCCGAACUGUCCUUGGAGGAGCUGAGCAUCAGCUCUAAGCACCAGCAGUUGGAGGCGGCCAAAGUCCGCGUCCAGGCAGCUCCGAUGGAGGAGGUCAGCCAGAGGCCAAGCCGGAAAAGGAAGCUGAUCGAUGACACAGAGUCGGGGAAGACCCUCCUCCUGGAUGCUUACCGUGUGUGGCAGCAGGGUCAGAAGGUCAUGACUUACGACCUGGCCAAGAUCGAGAAGAUCAUGUCUGAGACGUACAUGCUCAUUAAGCAAGUGGAUGAAGAAGCAGCCUUGGAACAAGCUGUCAAGUUCUGCCAGGUGCACGUGGGGGCCUCUGCACAGAAGCAAGCUACAGGGGAAGCACCGACCACUCCAAAGCACCCGAAGGACAGCAAAGAGAUCUGCUUCCCAGCCGCCCCCGCCUCUCUGACGCCUCCUGCUGGGACUGCCUACUCCCUGGCUUCAGAGGCCCUCCUGAGAGCAGCAGCUGACCUGCAGGCCAAGCCCAAGACAGCUUCUCCCCCAUCCUCCUCCUCGUCUUCUUCCUCCUCCUCCUCCUCUGCCAGCGUGCUGCUACUGCUGCCGCCCCAGGAGCAAACCGGGGCAGAGAGUGUCGAAGAGGCCCCUGUUGUCUCCAGCCUGGUCUGUGAGGAGGAGGAGGAAGAAGAAGGCAAGCUAGACCGGCCUCUGGAAGGAGCAGGCUUGCAGCAGCAAGAAUCCCACCUCUGCCAGCAGAUGAAGAUGGCGACGGUGGCCCCCUCGUCCAAUCUGAUGCCCUGGCAAGUGGAGCUGGAGCCUGUGACCAGCACCAGCGUUGGAGGAGGGCAGGUCUGCGGCCGAGCCUCCAGCUCCAAGGCUCACCUCUGCUCCGAAACACCACAGCCCUCUGCGGGGAGCAAGGCCGACGCCAGCCGCAUCAAGACCCGCAUGUUUCCCAGCAUGCCCAAGCUCUUCAUCCCCUCGUCCGUCACCAAGUUCCCACCUGAGAUCACCGUCACCCCCCCAACGCCCACCCUCCUCUCCCCCAAGGGCAGCAUUUCGGAAGAAACCAAGCAGAAGCUAAAGUCUGCUAUCCUUUCAGCCCAGUCUGCGGCGAAUGUGAAGAAAGAGACCCUUUGCCAGCCAGCGCUGGAGAUUGUAGAAACUUCAAGCCAAGAGUCUUCGCUGGAGAGUGACUCUGAUGAAGAGGAUGACUACAUGGAUGUCUGAGGGGUGCUGGGGGGGGGCUCUGUCCACCCUUCCCUUCCCCACCCUCCGGCUUCUCUUUCCAGCAUCACAGCCAGCCAGCCACCAGCCAUUACCACCUUCAGUGCUGCUGCCUCUGCUGUUGCCUUUAACUUACCGGGCAGCCGAAAGCUCACCACUGUCACCCCCAAGCCAAAUCUGCACUUAAAUCCCUCGGCACCUCCUCACUCAUUUCCCCCUCUUUAAAAGGACGGCUUUUACAGGAGGCAGCAGCAGCAGCAUUUGGCUGGCUGGCUAAGCAGGAGAGACUGGACUUGGUCUUGCCUCCUUCGUUACUUUAAGCAAAACCGUGGCUUAUUUUAUCUCGGUGUUGUCUUAAAAGGACCAGGCGGGACAGACAGCUGGCAACCUCACUAAGACUCUGCCUCUUUGGGGACCGUUGGGACAAGCGGCGUAAGCCGAGAGGCCGCAGGGCACCUUUGGUCUUAUCAGGAAACGGAUUUCAGUACCAUUUUGGUAAUGUCUGCUUUUUACAGAACGACACAAAGAAGGGUAUAUGUUUGUUUUUUAAGUAUAUAUAUAUAUAAAUAUAUGUGGAGGGAUUGCUCACAUUUAUAUGGGGAACAUAAAGGAAGCCCAGCAUUUUUUCUACUGAAUGUUAACGUUGUAAUAUAAGGAAUACAAACCCUGCACUUCAAUAGUGGGGCGUGUUGUGCCCACAGCAUGUGUCACAGAGCUUGCCAGGCGGGGUUUCAAUUUCGGGGGGGGGGGGGGAGGUGGGAAAAGACAAGGGUUAAAUAAAUGGUGCAGUGCAAAGCUUUGUAAUAAUAAAUAUACAUUUUUUAAAUAAAGUGAGAACACGUUUCUCCCAAGCCUCUU